AUGCAGCAAACUGCAGCUGCUGCUGCAGCAGCAGCAGCAGCAGCAGCGCCAGCAGCACAUACUGCAGCAGCAGAUGCUGCAGCAGCAGAAGCUGUAGCAAUUCCUGCAGCAGAAACUUCUGCUACACCAGGAGCAGCAGCAGAUGCUGCACCAGGAGCAGCAGCAGAUGCUGCACCAGGAGCAGCAGCAGAUGCUGCAGCAGGAACUGCUGCUGCUGCUGCUGCUGCUGCUGCUGCUGCAGCUACCUCCCGCAUCUUUGCUUCCUUUUCCACUGCCUAUACACCCGACUGCAUUGAGUCCUGGAGUCAGCAUGCAGCGUCUUGUCUUGCCCGGCGUUCUGCUGCUGCUGCUGCUGCAGCAGCAACAACAGAAGAGGAAGCAGCAGCGGAUAUAACAAAGCGGCCUUUCGAAGGUCCGCUACUUGCUGCAGCAGAAGCAGCCAACAGCAACAGCAGAAGUAGCAACAGCAGCAACAGCAGCAGCAGCAGCAGCAGCGAUCUGUUUGUCGUUGGGAUGUAUCAAUAUGAAGAGACAACCCGCAUGCGUAGGGGGGGCCUUUCUUUCUAUACCCUGCAGCAGCAGCAGCAGCAGCAGCAGGACUCAGCAGCAGCAGCAGCAGCGCCAUCCGUUCGUUGCAUUCUUGAACAUUUUACAGACUCUUUCGGGUGUCUAGACACCCGGUGGCUACACCCGGAAGACGAGGGGGAAGACAGCAGCAGCAGCAGCAACAACAACAACAACAGCAGCAGCAGCACGAAAAGCGGAAGGAGCAGCAGCCUCAGCUGCAGUGCUGCAGCGCGAGUGCCGCUGCUGCUGUCGCCCGGCAGAGACCACAUAGGACUCAGCCUAGACCCUCUAAAUGAGCAGCCCCAGUAUGCUGCUGCUGCUGCUGCUGCUGGUGUUGCAGCUGUUGUUGCUGCUGCUGCUGCUGCUGCUGUUGCUAUUGCUGAUGCUGCUACUGCUGCUGCUGCUAGUGAUGCUGCGGUUCCCCUUGCUGUCGUUGAUGUUGUGGCGAAGGCCCACGAAGCGGAGGCCUGGGCUGUGGCGGUCUCCCCGACUUCAGGCGGCAGCACCGUAGCUACGGGAGCUGAUGACUGCUGCCUCCGUCUGUGGGACAUCCGCAGCUGCUGCAGCUCUCCUGCAGCAGAAGCAAGCAUUCUUAGCAGGGGCAGCAGCAGGAGCAGCAGCAGGAGCAGCAGCAGGAGCAGCAGCAGGAGCAGCAGCAGAAGCAGCAGCAGCAGCAGACCCCCUCGUCUGCAUGCAGAGAACAGCAGCAGCCACACCAUGGGCGUUACUUCUUUGUCUUUUUCUCCUUCUUAUUCUUUUCUCUUGCUGUCGGGGAGCUACGACGGCUACCUCCGCUGCUUCGACCUGCGGCAGCUCCGCCGCCCUCUCUCCGAAUACAAAACAUCAGGGGGCCUCUGGAGGCUUCGCCACUCUUGGGGGCCCCUAUGGGGGGGCCCCCUAGAAGGGGGGCCCCCAGGGGGGCCCCUAGAGGGGGGGCCCCUAGAAGGGGGUUUAGAAAGGGCACGGGUGGGGGGCCCUUUGCUUCUUGCUGCUUGCUGCCACGGAGGCUGUGAGGUUUGGACGGGGGCUACUGCUGCACCGCAGCUGCAGCGGCUGCUGCAGCAGCAGCUCCACAAGUCUAUGACUUAUGGAAUAACUCAGCUAUGCUGUAUACCUCAGCAGCAGCAGCAGCAGCAGCAGCAGCAGCAACAGCAGCAGCAGCAGUUUAUAGGGGCUUCUGUUGGCUUCUACGACAAGAGCGUUUGCGUCUGGCAGCAACUCCUGCCUGCACCUUCUCGUGGAGCAGCAGCAGCGCGAGAAGCAACAGCAGUCGCUGCUGCUGCUGCGUUUGCUGCUGUCGAACAUUCGCAACAGCAGCAGCAGCAGCAGCAGCAGGGGUCAGCAGCACCAGCGUUGUCUCCUCUUUGCCCUUGUCUCCUCAGAGACAGCACGAGGAGACAGUUGCUGCAGGGGUGGUGGAGGUGCGCCGUAAGUGCAAACGAGUGUUGGCAGUAG